AUGUUCAGGCUUUUCCAACUGGCUCCUGCCGCACAAAUACGGCCGUUUUCCAGCGGAUCUGUUUCUAGAGCCGUCUAUAAAUCGAAGUCGUUCAGUAAGAAGAAGACUUUUGAUUCUUCGAAGAACAGAAAGGGCUCGGGAAAGGACAAGAGAUUCAACAAGGUUGUUCUCUCUGUAAACUACAGAAAGUUUGCACAGGACCAGAAGGCUUAUGAAAGUCUCCCAGAGUUCUCUCCAGAAACUCUUUAUUUGGAUGAGGUGGUCAGAUAUAAGGAGCCUAUCUUGAAGAAACUGCACAUCAUGGGUGCGUUCAAACCUCACCAAUACAACGAGGUCUUCUCCAAACCAGUUACAUUGUCAAGAAAGAUCGAAACCAAGAAAAUUGACGAUUUCGUGGCAAAGAGCUUAACCUCUUCUUCCAAGGAAAACAGACUUAUUAUCACCGGCGACAAGGGUGUUGGAAAAUCUACUUUACUCACACAGUUCCACGCCUUGGCUCUCGAGAAGGAAAAGAACGUGAUUUUGCAAUUCAACCACUUGGAUAUGUUCUUGGACGGUUCGACCGAUUACAAACUCAACCAGUCAACAGGCCUGUACGACCAACCAAUGGCCACCAGACGAUUCCUAAAAAAGUUUUACGGACUGAACAAAGAGGUGUUGGCGGAAAUUGAGGCCUCGAAGCCAUUUGGAGACGCUUCUGAAUCCUCCAAACAGACUUUGGAUGCCGUUUUGAAAGCUCACAUGAGCAACCCUGCAACAAACCACACAGAGUUGUUUGCCUACAUUGUCGACGAACUGGCAAUUCAAACGGCCGUGCCUGUUUAUUUGUCUAUUGACAAUUUCUCUGCAGUCAUCCAAUACGCCAUGUCCAGAUACAGAGACAAAGAUAACCUUCCAAUAUACUUCCAGAAAUUCCAGGUCUUGAAGACUUUGGUGGAGUUUAUUAGCGGAGACAGAUCUUUUGCCAAGGGAGCAGUGAUAGCGGCCAUGCAUAGUGGACACAAGACCAGCGACACCAUUCCAGUUGUGCUGGGUUUGAAAGAACCUGACCACUAUGCCAAGUUCGCACAAUGGGAUCGCGAGUUCACUAAUCAACUGACCAAGAACGGCGCACCUCAGCAAUUGCAAGUUGAAAGAUUCACCAGAGACCAAGUGCAGGCCAUUGUUCAAUAUCUUAUUGAGUGCAACGUGAUUGAGCACGAGGUUCAGAAAAGAGGCCUUGCCAAGAUCGAGGAUCCCGAGGUUGUUGUGUCGAGAUUGGCCGACAUAGAAUACGUGCUGUCUGGUAACGGAAACCCAAAAGAGUUGUAUAGAAACUGCCUUUUCUCGUUCAUCUAA